GUGAGGGGAUCCCAGGCCGCAGCGGUUCCGCUUCUCCCGCCGAGCCCGAUGUGAGGCGCCCCGCGCCGGGGCCAGGGAGCGGGGCCAUGAAGAAGGACGUGAGGAUCCUGCUGGUGGGAGAACCCAGAGUUGGGAAGACAUCACUAAUUAUGUCUCUUGUCAGUGAAGAAUUUCCAGAAGAGGUUCCACCACGAGCUGAAGAAAUCACCAUUCCAGCUGAUGUCACCCCUGAAAGAGUGCCAACCCACAUAGUGGAUUAUUCAGAAGCAGAGCAAAGUGAUGAGCAGCUUUAUCAUGAAAUAUCACAGGCAAAUGUGAUUUGUAUAGUAUAUGCUGUUAACAACAAGAAUUCUAUUGAUAAGGUAACAAGUCGAUGGAUUCCUCUCAUCAAUGAAAGGACAGACAAAGAUAGCAGGUGCAUAAGUAAAGAUGAGAAGUGUGAAUUAGGCUGCACAUCGAUGGGUUGUUCAGCCAAAAACUUGAAGAAUAUAUCUGAGCUAUUUUAUUAUGCGCAGAAAGCUGUUCUACAUCCUACAGGUCCUCUUUAUUGCCCAGAGGAGAAAGAGAUGAAACCUGCCUGUAUUAAAGCACUCACUCGCAUUUUUAGAAUUUCUGACCAGGAUAAUGAUGGUACUCUCAAUGAUGCAGAGCUUAACUUCUUUCAGAGAAUUUGUUUUAAUACACCACUGGCACCUCAAGCUUUGGAAGAUGUAAAGAAUGUAGUCAGGAAAAACCUAAGUGAUGGAGUUGCGGAUAAUGGAUUAACAUUAAAAGGUUUUCUUUUUCUACACACACUUUUCAUUCAGCGAGGAAGGCAUGAAACAACUUGGACUGUUUUGCGUCGAUUUGGAUAUGACGAUGACUUAGAGCUUACGCCAGAGUACUUGUUUCCUCCGCUAAAAAUUCCUCCAGACUGCACAACAGAAUUAAAUCAUCAUGCAUACUUGUUUCUUCAAAGUAUUUUUGAUAAACAUGAUUUGGAUAGAGAUUGUGCUUUGUCUCCUGAUGAAUUGAAAGAUCUGUUCAAAGUCUUCCCUUAUAUGCCAUGGGGACCUGAUGUUAACAACACUGUUUGUACAAAUGAAAGGGGGUGGAUUACAUAUCAAGGGUUUCUCUCUCAGUGGACACUAACCACAUACUUAGAUGUACAGCGUUGCCUGGAGUACCUGGGUUAUUUAGGCUAUUCAAUACUUGCAGAACAAGAAUCUCAAGCAUCAGCAAUUACAGUAACAAGAGAUAAAAAGAUAGACCUUCAGAAAAAACAGACUCAGAGAAAUGUUUUCCGAUGCAAUGUUGUUGGAAUGAAAGGCUGUGGGAAAAGUGGAGUUCUUCAGGCUCUUCUUGGAAGAAAUCUAAUAAGACAGAGGCAAAUACGUGCAGAACACAAAUCUUACUAUGCCAUUAAUACAGUCUAUGUAUAUGGACAGGAGAAAUACUUGCUGCUACAUGAUGUCAGUGAUUCUGAAUUUUUAACUGACGCUGAGACCAUAUGCGAUGCUGUCUGCCUGGUAUAUGAUGUCAGUAACCCGAAGUCUUUUGAGUACUGUGCCAGGAUUUUUAAGCAGCACUUCAUGGAUAGCAGAAUACCAUGCUUAGUGGUAGCUGCAAAGUCUGACUUGCAUGAAGUUAGACAGGAAUAUAGUAUUUCUCCUGCUGAAUUCUGCAAAAAACACAAAAUGCCUCCACCUCAAGCCUUUACUUGUAAUACGGUUGAUGUGCCGAGUAAGGAUAUCUUUGUUAAACUGACAACUAUGGCAAUGUAUCCCCAUGCCCGGUUACGCUGUAUGUGCGCCUGCAACAGGUGUACAUUUUGCAUCUGUCAGAACUUCCUCAACUCAGACUUGCUGCAAUCUGUAAAGAACAAACUCUUCACUGCAGUUCUUAACAGGCAUGUGACACAAGCGGACCUGAAGAGCUCUACAUUUUGGCUCCGAGCAAGUUUUGGUGCUACUGUCUUUGCAGUUUUGGGUUUUGCUAUGUACAAAGCAUUACUAAAGCAACGAUGAUCUGAGAAGAAGCACAUCUGGCCCUACCAAAUAAAACGAACAAACAAACAAACUUUUAUGUACAUUCUGAAUGCUUUAAAUUCUGCUAGAAAUAUUUAUAUAUGCAGAGUUACUUUAUUAAUAAUUUGUAAUUCAUGCAUAAGUUUAUUUUAAUUUAUAGCUCUUACUACAGUAUUGCAUAAUGCGUGGAAAAAAGAAUUGCAUCUUAACAGCCAGCUAAAAUGGCUUAACUUGUGAGGCCAAAAGGGAAUUUGCUGUAAAUAACCUGUACAUAUUAAAGCACUAAGACAUUGCUUCCCAAAAAGCUAUUCAAAAUACUGUUCUUAGAUGUUUCACCAUGGUGACAUACUAGUAUAUAGUUGAAAUUCAUUUUCGGUAGAGUAGGUUCAACUCAAGGAUCAUACUUCCUCAAGGGUUGCUUAUUUAUUUCACAUUCAUCUGAAGUGACUUCAUCUUUUUGGACUAUAAGCUAUACCAGGCAGAACGUGUGAUUUUCAUUCUUACCUAUUCUUUUUACCUGAUGAACAAAUUUCCCCAAGUAUGUAUUUCAAGAAAAAAAAUCACUGUUGCUGUCCUGGCCUAUGAUUUUGUAUGUUACAUGACCAGUGACAUCUGAUUUUUCUCUUAAAAGGAAAAACGUAAACUUCAAAAACUGCCAGAUCAACUUCAUAUGCUGUGUGUAAUUCGUGUUUUUCAUUUUCCACUAUGUUGUGUUUUAUAACCCUUAUGAAUCAGAUGAGCAAAUUUGUAUAUUAUAAAUGUUUAUAAUUCGAAAAGUGUUGCUGUUUAAUUUCUCACAUCUGUUGAUCAUACCUGUUGAAAGCUGUGUAUAAGAUAAAACUAAAAUAGUACACAGUGCCUAUUCUACUGUAGUAUAUUAGUUGCAUGGAUCACAGUGCAUUCUGUAACUGGCUAGAAUUACCUAUAGACACAGCUUUUUUAUGAUCAAGUAAAUCAAACAUUAAUUCCUCAUGACGAACCUAUUUUUCCAUUGCUGGCCUUUUCAAGUAUUUCAAUAAAAUAACUGUGU